AUGUCUGGCAUCCUCGCAGGCAAACUCGCCAUCAUCACCGGCGGAUCGCGGGGCAUCGGCGAAGCGAUCGCGCACAACCUCGCGCGCAAAGGCUGCUCGCUGCUCCUCAACUACACGUCGGACUCGUCGCGGGCGCGCACCGAGUCCCUCUGCACGCAGCUGGCGCGCGAGCACUCGAUCCGCUGCGUGCCCGUGCAAGCCGACCUGUCCGACCCGGCGCCGGCCAUCGAGCGCAUCCUCAGCGUCGCCAAGGCCGAGUUCUCUACGCAGCAGCAGCAGCAACUGACGAUCGACAUCCUCAUCAACAACGCCGGCGUCAGCAAGGACCGCUUCCUCAACGACGCGAGCAAAGGCGCCAUCGACGCCGACUACUUCAACUGGCACUACACGAUCAACGUCCUCGCCCCGCUCCUCCUCACCCAGGCCGUGGCCCCGUACCUGCCCCGCUCCCCCCCACGCAGCGGCCGCAUCGUUAACAUCUCCUCCAUCUCGUCGGCGCUGGGGUUCACCGGCCAGAGCGUGUACGGCGGCACCAAGGCGGCGCUGGAGGCGAUGACGCGCACGUGGGCGCGCGAGCUGGCCGACGUCGCGACCGUCAACGCCGUCAACCCCGGCCCCGUCAUCGGGGACAUGUACUUCGCCACGGGCGAGGCGUUCUGGCGGCAGAUGCAGGGCUUCCAGGAUAACACGCCGGGGAGCAAGAUGGUCGAGGACGAUCCGCUGGUGGGCCAGUUGACGGAGGAGCAGAAGCAGCUCAUCACGGAGAAAAUGGGCGGCCGGCGGCCCGGGUUCACGGCCGAGGUGGCCGGCGUGGUGGGGAUGCUGUGCUCCGAGGAUGCGGGGUGGUACAGAAAAGGAACCAUGUCCACCCGCAGCCUGACUCUCACCAAGCUCCCCCCGCGCUCCUCCUCCCUCCACCACCUCCCUCAAUCCCGCCCAUCCUUCCUCCGUCUCCGGCCGCUGUCAACAGCAACAGCAACAGCAACAGCAACAACCCCCCUGAGACUCACCCAAAAGCCCACCCUCCCCAUCCGCCUCCUCCCUCGCGCCCCCCCAAUCCCCCAAGGCAGAAGACCCUACACAACCGGCAAAUCCACCAGCGACAUCAUCGUCGAAGAGCUGCAGGAUCU